CUGACUAUAUCUGGUAAGCUUACAUUUUAUCAUCUUUUAACAAAAUGUAACAAACAUACAUAACACAAUAAUCGAAGGAAUUAACGUGACAAAAAUCAAUAGAACUUGAAGAGGGCCUUAAAGACCCAAACUAACAUUUGAAAUCGACCCCAAUAAGUGACCCAACAAGAUUAUACAAAGGCGAAUGUGAAUGAAAAACUUAGAAAAAGAAGAAUGAUUUGUCCUUGAGCCCAGCAGAUUUCUGAGACACACAUCAUCAAGUAGGCGUUGAAAAGAUCUUUGUACCAACGAAGUAAAAGAAAGAAAACUGUAGAGAAGAGAGAGAGAUCGAAAGAGAUCGGGUGGAGUUUGGAUGUUACCAGGGGUUGUCCGUAGAUGCAAAAGUUUAAAGCUGUAGGUUUUGUUUACCUCUCUUGGAGCAAGUACCGCUACUGAGAAUUUUGAAAGAUUCAACAUUUAGGGUACUGAAAUACAUAAAAUUCCAGCUUUUGCUCUAUGGAGCCUCGUGAUAAUCAAGCCCAGGCUUCAUAUACAUUUGGUGAUCGAUCCAGCAGUGACAUAGUUGUUAGGCUAAGAAACGAAGAAGGCCGGGAUGAUUGGAUCUAUUGCCAUUGCAAGAUCCUUAGUGAGAAAAGCCAGUAUUUCGCUGACCGUCUCUCUGAUAAAUGGCCUACUUGCAAGAUACUUGAUUCACGUUACUGUGUUGAAGUCAUCUGUCAAGAAUCAGACUAUGAUCAUCAUAUCAAUCUCUUAAGACUUCUCUAUGUUGUCUCUGAUGAUGUCCAUGAGGAUAACCUGUGUCAUAAUGUGAAAAGUGCGUUGGGGAUCCUCUGCGUCGCUAAAGAACUUAGCUGCCCGCAGAUUGUCACUGCUUGUGUAAAGUACUUGGAAGCUGUUCCAUGGGAAGAAGGCGAAGAGGAAGAGAUUCUGCGGAUUGUACCGAGAAUUGGAUCAGAAGCAGAGCCUAUUCUUGCCCGCCUCCAACCUGUUGAUCAAUCCGCUGUUACUGAAAUCUUUGUAUCGGCUUUUAGGUUUGCUACUUCGUCCCCGCUUUUGCCCUUGGGCGACAUAAAAUCCUCGGCUCAAGAACAAAUUGAGUAUAUGAUAACCGAAGAUGACGAUGCACCAUUGUUGAUAGCUGAUGAAGAAAUCAAGCUUGAAGUAAAAGAAUGUGUAAAGAGUCUGUUUGUUAGAUUCUUCCAAUGUCUAGAAGCGAUCUCUUUCAAACCCCUCGAGUCUGAGGCUAUUAGCCAGAAAGGGUCUUUUAGGAUGGUUCUAUCGGAUUUGUCAUGGGCUUUUCAGAUAUUAACAAAGAUGGAAGUGGUUAGAGAUUUUGUAGUAACAUGGGUUGACACAUCUGAGAAGUUAGUCAAGGUAGUUGAGCAGUUGGAAACAUCAGUUGCAGAGACGAUUGAGAUAAGAGUUAAGGUCAUCGAGGUGACCUCAAAAGUCGUAGAGGCGAUCGGUUAUGGAACAGUGAUAUUACCAACAGCGAAACGGCUCCAGAUGGUAAAACUAUGGCUUCCGUUUGUAAGAAACACAAAGCCUCUUGUUGACUCAGUGGUUACGGAAGAUGAGGAGAAUGGAUCUGUGAGACAAAAAAUUGAUGGAGAGAUAUGGCAAGCUUUAGAAUCUUCUUUUGUAUCGAUAAUUCUGGCAUUGCCAUCUGCAGACCAAGCUGAGAUAUUGACUGAAUGGUUAAGCAAGAAUGGGUUGUAUCCGGAUUUAACAGAAGCUUUCGAGGUUUGGUGUUACAGAUCGAAAGUCGCGAAGAGAAGGUUGGGUUUACUCGGGGGCGAAGAGGAAGAGAACGGCAUGUCUUAACUCAUUUCCAGAGAGAAGAAGAACCUUUUUUUGUGUCUGUAGGUGUCUAUUAACCCUUUUUGUGUGUUCUCUGCCAAAUCCUUCAUAUUAUCCAUUGGCUGAUUCCACAAAUCUGUAAAUACUGGUGACAAAGAUCUUGUCCUUUAAUCACUAAGAGAUCUGUAGGAUGUUUUCUCUUAAACUAGAUCACGGAACUCAGGUCCAAUAAUAGAUCAUUAAGCUUUUGAUUA